AUGGAUUUUUUGUUUGGACGCCGGAAGACCCCAGAGGAGAUGCUGCGGCAGAAUCAGCGGGCCCUUAACCGCGCCAUCAGGGAGCUCGACCGCGAGCGACAGAAACUUGAGCAGCAGGAGAAGAAAGUUAUAGUGGAUAUUAAGAAAAUGGCUAAACAGGGACAGAUGGAUGCUGUGAAGAUCAUGGCUAAGGACCUUGUCCGUACCCGACGGUACAUGAAGAAGUUCGUUAUGAUGCGAGCCAACAUUCAGGCUGUCUCUCUUAAGAUCCAGACGUUGAAGUCUAAUAACUCCAUGGCCCAGGCGAUGAAAGGGGUGACUAAAGCCAUGGCCACCAUGAACAGACAGCUGAAAUUGCCCCAAAUCCAGAAGAUCAUGAUGGAGUUUGAGAAGCAGGCGGAGAUUAUGGACAUGAAGGAGGAGAUGAUGAAUGACGCUAUUGAUGACGCAAUGGGAGAUGAGGAUGACGAGGAAGAAACUGACGCUGUGGUAUCUCAGGUAUUUGAUGAACUGGGCCUUACUCUUACAGAUGAGCUCUCCAACCUACCGAGUACAGGAGGAUCCCUCAGCGUGGCUGGAGGGAAAAAAGCAGAGCCCACAGCUGCACUGGCCGACGCAGAUGCAGACCUGGAAGAGCGACUGAACAAUCUGCGACGGGACUAA